UCUCUUUCUCUCUCUCUCUCUCUCCCCUCCUCCUCCCCUCACGGCCCUGUGGGGCCGCGGAAGAUGUCCGGCUCCAUCGUCAGAGCCACCGUCAGAGCCGUCACCGCCAGGAGGAAGCUGCUGGUCACCAGAGCCCCGCUCACCCUGACGCCUUUGGCUGUUACAAAAGUCAAGCAACUGCUGAAGGAAAAGCCUGAGUGCCUUGGACUGAAGAUUGGUGUUCGAACCCGAGGUUGUAAUGGUCUUUCUUAUACUUUAGAAUACACAAAGGAGAAAGGAGAAUUUGAUGAAGAGGUAGUCCAGGAUGGUGCUAGAGUAUUCAUUGAAAAGAAGGCACAGCUGACAAUUCUAGGAACAGAAAUGGACUAUGUUGAAAGUAAACUCUCAAGUGAAUUUAUAUUUCACAAUCCCAACAUCACAGGAACCUGUGGCUGUGGAGAAAGCUUUCAUGUUUAGCUACAACAUACUUUUGGAUCCACAGUGAAUAUCAUUGGAUUAUGAGGCACUGAGAUUUAGGUCCACAGGUAUAGACACGUUAAUCUGUGUGGGGGUAGGAGACGGGGUAAAGAAACCAAAAUUCAUUUCUGGUUUGCAUUUUUCCACUAACCAAUGUAUUUUGCUCCUGAGGGAGAGUUUAGCACUAAGUGCUGUGGUGUAAAUUAAGCUACUUACACUUCUUUUCCACUCAGUCAUUCAAAAUGUAAUGUAAUAUGUCAAACACUUGUACUGUAUUUUUUAGCUGAUGAGGUAAAUGAAUGAAUGCCAUACUCCUGUCAGGAAGUAACAUUUCUCUAUGAACAAACCUAUUGUAUUUGGUGUCCUGGUCUAGCCUUGUGUGUAUUUCCUUUUUAGUUAGUAUGUUUGUUAGUGGAUGAUGUGCCCAGAUAUAUUUGAAUGUUCAUUUAACCUUAUUAAUUUGGGUUUACAAAUUUUAAUAGAAACUUGUUAAAUGUCUAUAAAUUUAGCAUUUAAACUUGCUUUCCUGUUUGUCCCUCACAUUCAACAAAAUAUGUGAUUUCUCACCCUUUUUCAUUCUCUAAGACUGAAAUGUAAUAACUUAAAAAUGUUUAAAGGCAUUACCCUCGUAAUAGUAUUUUCAUUAGAAGAAAAGGAGGAGAUUUGUUUCCUAACCACUGCCAAUGCUGUAUGUUGGAUCACGGGUAGUACACUUUAGCUAAUAUUGAGAGUUUAUUGACAUAAAGAGUCUGCCUUGUUUAAUAGUGUAUCUCACAGUUUGAUGGUCCAACGUUCUGCCUCACUAUCAAAAUCUAGAAUAUGACUAUUUCUUGUGGACUACUAAAAGCUCACUUAUUAAAUGAGUUAUCUGGAAAUAGACAAUUACCCUUUCCCCUUCCCAGCUUCCACUUUAGAUAGAAAUGAAUACUUCCUAAGGAAUAUCCUAAAACUGAUAAUGAAGACUGGUGCUACAUCAUAUCCCAGAAUUGGGUUAGCUUGAUACCUCAUAAACAAGGAAGUCUCAAAUUGUGAUCAUCUAUAUCAAAUACAAGGAUUAUUAUUAUUUAUUAUUAUUAUCUCCACUAGUGGGAUUUAGUCCUUGUGUAUUUUUAUUGGAAUUUAUUAACCGUCCAUUUUAGAAAAUUGACAUGAAUUUGUUACCAAUUGUGGUGCAUUAUAUCUAUUUGAUGUUUUACUUCCAUUGGAACUGUAUGAUGUGAGUGUUAAAUAAUUGGAAGUUGUUUUUGAAUAUUAUUUUGAACAUUCUUCAUUCUAGAUUAAUUUUCAAAAGAAACACUUUGAAUGUUUUUGCAUGCAGUGUUGAAUUCAGAUACUUGCUCCAGUAGCUUAAUGCGUAAAGGCACCAACUUUGCAAAAGGUUUGAUUCUGUCUGUGCUGAAUUAGCUGAUCAUCUCAAACAGCAUUCAGGGUGCUAGGAUUGGCCUCAGCAUCCCAGGGUUAAGGAAAAGAAAAUUCAUCCAGGGUUCACAUUCUUGACUGCUAUCCAGUGAGUACUGCUGAAAAGUGCUUGUGUGGACAUUGGGUGAAAAGUCUCACACAUGAGGAAUUGGCACUCAUUCAAGGCACUGAGACGUACUAUACCUGGCAGUGCCUUUAUGACCAGAAGAGGAGAAAAAGUGAGCAAAAAUACCAGGAUAUUCAAUUGUUUUGUAGCUUUAUGCGCACAAUGUAUUUCACGAUAUUUUAGUCGAAAUAAGGUGAAUCAUGAUGGUGUAAGCAUGCAUUUCCUGGUCUAUGAGGCCGAGUGUGCAUUUAUCUAUUUUCAAAACAAAUAAAUUUUAAUAUCAAAGAUGGUAUGAAAGUAAGUUCACGGUCAUUCAUUAGGCACUAAAAAAUGUCAAUUCCAUAUAGAAAACUGAAAC